AUGUCCAACGCCACCGCCGUGUUGAACGACGUGUACCGAGUGAUGGAGCUGCCGGUGUUCACGGAAAAGGUCGUGCUCACCCCCAGGCCCGACCUCAUCCCGGGGAUCCCCGACUACUUCGUCGCCCUCUUCUCCCCCAUCGUCGCCUACUGGGUCUACGCCCUGAUAUUCCACGUCGUCGACGUCUACGAGCUUGCCGAGAAGUACCGUAUCCACCCGCUGGAGGAAGAGGAACGCCGCAAUAAGGUCACCCUCCGCGAAGUGGUCAAGGACGUGUUGUUGCAGCACUUUAUCCAGACGUUUGUGGGGGUGGUGGUGUACUUCUUUGAGCCACCCAAGACCACUGGCCACGAGCUCGAGCUCAUGUGGCAGUUGCGCCACCAGCUCCCGCUGCUGGUGCCGCUGUGGGCGAUCUACUAUGGGUACUACUACGCGUGGCCGGUGAUCAAGUUCCUCUUGGGGAUCACCGUCAUCGACACCUGGCAGUACAUGUGGCACCGGUUGAUGCACGAGAACAAGGCGUUGUACCGGCGGUUCCACCUGCGGCACCACCGGCUCUACGUCCCCUACGCCUACGGGGCGCUUUACAACGACCCCUUUGAAGGGUUUUUGCUCGACACUUUGGGGGCGGGGGUGGCCCAGUUCUUGGUGCAGUUAACUCCCCGCGAGUGCAUUUUCUUGUUCUGCUUUUCGACGUUGAAGACCGUCGACGACCACCUGGGGUACCGGUUGCCCAACGACCCGUUCCAGAUGCUCUUCCCCAACAACACCGUGUACCACGACAUCCACCACCAGCAGUGGGGAAUCAAGAACAACUUCUCCCAGCCGUUCUUCGUCUUCUGGGACAAGUUGUUCAACACCGACUACAAGUUCAUCGACGAGUACAAGCACCAGCAGAACCAAAUCACCCUCGCCAAGUACAAGGAGUUCUUGGCCAAGAAGGACCGGUCCAAGAAAAAGACCGAAUAA